AUGGCCGACCCGGCGUGGGGCACGGCGUCGUCGCUGUCGGACGAGGAGACGGCGCGCGCGCUGUGCGCCUUCCACGACACGGAGCCACUGCCGACGCAGCGCCGCCACCCGCUUCAGCUACAGCAGCAGCAGCAGCAGCAGCAACAGGCGCCGCUGUACCGCCCGAGCGACCAAAGGAGCCGUGAGGUGCCGCAGCUCGGCGGCUUCUCCGCCUUCGGGUACCCGUCCAGCGGCACGUACCACAUGGUGCCCAUGACGGUGCAGCGCAGCGACGCGGCGUCGGUGCUCGUGGGGAUGCACGCGCCCUCGACGUCCAGCGACGACUGGCAGCAGCGCCGCACCAAGCAAGAGCUCGAGCAGCAGCAGCGCGAGCUGCAGGCGGUGACGCAGAGCCGGCAGCAGCAGGACAUGCAGAGGCAGCUGCACCAACUCCAGGCGCAGAUUCAGCAGCAGCAGCAGGAACAGGCUCACAGGCACCACCAGGCCCAGGUCCAGAGGCAGGUGGAGAGGAUACAGGAGCCCCGGUACUCCUCGUCCGGCCUCGGUGGCUUUGACCAGACGAGAUGGAAUAACGGUGCGUACGCGCAGUCGUCGGCUGCGUCGAGCUUCAGCGGCGCGGACAGUGACAGGAUCCAAGGGGCUGCGAUGCAGCAUGGAGUGCAGAUGCAGCAGAACGGCAGAUUUUACGGUGGAGACUUCCAACAACGUGCUCAGCCGGUGCCGAUAAGGCCCGCGACGACUCCGACAGGCACAGGUUCGUACCCCGCGAUUAGUUAUGGGGAAGGCUCACCACCGGCAGGGAUGCUGGCAAACAGAAACGACGCGCUGUUCGCUCCGCAGCAGAUGCCGAAGCCAGCGCAGUCACAUUUCCGGGCGAGAAGUACUAAUCUCUUUGGGGCAAGUGCGCUGCAGUCGUGGGGGCGAAGUGAAUCGAUGUCACUCUCAGGGAUGCAGGCAGCUAGGACAAAGUCGUUCCAGAUGCAGAGCGACCCGCGAUUUGUGCCGCAACAGCAGCAGCCGCAACCAUAUUACGCUGCUGAGCCUAGUGAACGGAAGUACCAGGAGCCACCCGCGCGGAGUCAUGCGAGCCAAUCCGUUCCCGACGUCUUUUUCUUGGAUGGAAUCAUGAGGCACUUCCCUGCGAGCAGUGAGACUGUUGGUGAAGCCCCCACGCGAUCCACUGCUGUUCCAGCCAGGUCUAACUGUGAAAGUAUCGAAGCUCGUGGCAACGCGUUUGAGUUCGCACCGACGCAGUAUCGGACCCAGGCACAGCCGCCUCUAGGCAUGCAAACGCAAAUGGAAGUGCAGUCUCGGACGACAGUCCCACCGACUGGCGCUGUGAUCGUACCUGGGGUAUCGUUGGCGUCGCAGCCGAUACGCCUCGUUACUAUGCGAGAUUUGCUCAAUGGUGAUGAGGCUAAGGCGGACAAGUCACGGGGCCGGCCACGGGGCAACCAGCAGCGAGCGCCCCAGAAGCGCAAGGCGCCGAAGAAGAAAACACCGGCCAAGCGGCAGAGAAUGCCUCAGCAACCAAACGAGCAAAGACCCCAACAUCCACCGAUGAACAGAUCGGUACGGCCGAGUCAAAAUCCAAGUCUAGCACCGAGUGGGGGUCCUGCAUUGGCCAGCAAGCCAGCCUCUCCCAUGUAUCUAGCGUUCAUGGAGUCUAGAGCUGCUCGGGCACUGGAGCAAAAAUCUGGCACUACAGCUGCGAACUCGUCAACUCCGGGGAUUCAAACGCCUGAGCCACAACUGUCGAUUCUUGCGGCCCAGGUUCCUGCUCGCCAAACCAGCAACAAGUCUGUGGAUCUUGUCGCUGCGGAAGCGACCCCUGUGAAGCAGAAGAGGGGCUCAUACAAAAGGAAGAAGACCGGAUUCCCACCAGAGUCUCGGACUCAGGAACAGUCCGUAGGCACCAGCGUGCCCAGCAUACCGAUACAGGCCACUUCAGAGCCAACAGCUUCCUCAAAUGAGCAGCUAUCCGAACUACCUCAGGCGAGUAUUGUCACGACCGCAAAACAGGUGGAUGUUCUUGUUCAAGUCAAUUAUCAAGCCAACUCGUCGUGUAUUUCGGAUGAUCUGAUGAAUGGGAAGUUUGAGCAACGACAAGAGCCUCCUAAACUCGCUGUCCCGGUUGAAGCGACGAAAAGCGUCCAACCCUCGCUUAACACGGAUAAGGCAGCAAACGGAAACAGCCAGUUUCAAGUGCGUUACCUGCGCCUGUGGGGGCGUCUGCAGAAGUUGUUCCGACGAGACUUCAUGCGAUACCAAGCCGCAAAGAUUUGGCGGAGGUACCAAGAGCAGCUAAAGAAACAGGAGGAGUGGCGCGAAGUCCGUGUGGCUGGCAAACGGGCAUCGGAUCCACAGCAAGAAAGAGCGUAUUCGUUGGUUGUGAAGCAAGGUGAAGAAGGAUUCGAUUAA